GACGGCUGCCCGAUGCUCCUGAUAGCCUCCAAGCUAAGCUAGCCGUACAGCACAAAGCUCAGCCUGGUGUCUGAGCGAAGACUCUCAAAACAAAGCGAGAGACUUUCCUCAGUGGGUUUUUACCAGAGCUGACAUGGAGCGUCUAGAGAGAAGACUGCCUGCUGCUUUUCUCCUCCUUCUGCAUCUUCUGUCUGUCAGCUGUGUCUCCCAUCAUAAAACUACAGUCUCCUGGUGCGUGCUGUCUGAUGCUGAAGAGCAGAAGUGUUUGGAUUUGGCCGGGAACGCCACAGCUCGGAAUAUAAGAGGAACUCUGAAAUGUGUGCGGGGCAUGAACACCAGAGAGUGUAUGGACAAAAUCAAGAAUGGGACAGCAGAUGCAUGCACCAUGUCCGGAGAUGACAUCUAUGCUGCUGGCUUCUGCCAUGGCCUGGAGCUGUCUGCAGGGGAGUCCUACAAUGGAGCGGAUGGAAUCAGCUACUACGUGGUGGCCAUGGCGCGCCGCUCCUCCUCGGAUUUGUCCCUGCUGGAGAUGCAUGAACGCAGCACCUGUCACCCCGGCAUGCGCACCACGGUUGGGUGGACCGUUCCCAUUGGCUACCUUGUCAACACCUCCCAGAUCAGCGUAGGGGAGCAGUGCAACUUCCCUAAAGCCGUGGGGAAUUUAUUUGGCUACAGCUGUGUGCCGGGUGUGAAGGACCCCCAGCAUGACCCCAGGGGCAACAACCCCAAAAACCUGUGCGAGGCAUGCAUAGGAGAUGAGAACGAUCGACACAUCUGUGCCAACAACCUCAAGGAGAGGCAUUAUGGGGAGGCUGGGGCGCUGAGGUGUGUGGCAGAGAACCUUGGCGAUGUGGCUUUCAUCAAACACACAACGCUGUUUGACAAUAUGGACGGUAAGAACCAAGAGUCCUGGGCCCUGGAUCUGGAGCUGGAGGACCUGAAGCUACUGUGUCCUGAUGGAACCGAGGCAGGGCUGGACGACUAUGAGCGAUGUCACCUGGCAGCUGUCCCUGCUAACGCUGUGGUGGUCCGCAUGGAGGACAAGUGCCGCGUCUGGAAGUUCCUGGAGCGUUUACAGAAUGUGUUUGGCAACGCCACCGAGGGCUUCAGCCUGUUCAGCUCAGCCGCCUAUGGCGAAUCCGAUCUGCUUUUUAGCGAUGCCACCCACCACCUGCAGAGGGUUCUGGGUAGCUACACCUCUUGGCUGGGCCCCACUUACACCACAAAGCUGCAAGCCUUCGAGUGUGAGGGCUUCUGCUGAUGGAACAGGAGGAAGACAUCCAGCGCCUCAACUUCCACCCAAUCCCUCCAUCUCUGUCCUCCCGUUCCGCCUUCUCCUCCCUGCCAUCUGUGUCCCUCUGCAGCUCCGUCUUACCAUCUUUCAUCCUUUUUUUGCUUUGCUUUUUGUGGGUUUUUUUUGGCCCACAUUAUCCCAGCCGUUCUCUAUUAUUACAUCCUCUUUCCUAAGACUCAGAUCUUUCUUUAGAGUAUGCUAGCUGGCAGGGUAGGACAUCGCUAAGAGGGGUGAACUGGCAGAGAGCAACUACAGAAAAUGUCCCUGAAAGUGAGCUUAGGUUUGUAAAGGACACUUUAGUUAAAGAAAGGGUAGGGGACAAAAAGAAUAGAAGUAAAAUAGAAAAGAGGCGCAGGUUGAUGGGUGUUGUAGUUCUUAUGUUAUUCACAGUUACAGUGUGUCUCUUUUUGAAGUGUUUUAAAAAAAAAGAUUUGAUGAAAAAUGUUGGUAGAAUUCCCCCCCAAACAUAAAACUUAAUAUAUACUCAAGAAACAAUUGUUCCUACCCUGUGUGUUUGUUGGUGCUCUUCUUGUUGCAUUGGUCUAAGCUUCAGCACCACCCGCACCCCCACUCUCCAUCCCCCCACCCACCUCCUCCCACAGGGUCCGUCUCUGGCACUGAACAACUGGGUGCUAUUAACUUUGAGCUUAGAAGUCUCAGUUACUGUAUGUGUGUUUGUGUGUGAGUAUACACUUUUUCCCACAGCCAUUACUGCUGUAAUUGGCAGUCGGGCAUGUUAUACUGUUUGUGUGUAAGUGAGAGAAAGGGUGUGUGUAUGUUUAUAAACGUUUCUGUGCCUAUGUGGUAGUGUGUUGGGAGUGUUACUGCUUUCCCAUGGCUUGUAUAGCUUACACCACUUUGGAUCACUGCUUUCUCACGGCUGGUAUGUUGAAUCAGUCUGUGCCAGCUCAGUAUAUUGUUACACUAUAGAGUCAGGAGAAACUGGACUAGAGCUGGGGUUGCCUCAGAUGACCUCAUUGUGACUCUAGACUAACCACAACAGAAUCAACAAAACCUUUAACAACAAACUCUUAAAAUGCUUUGCCUGUCUUCCUUUGAAAUGUAUAGGAAUAUACUCUUGCUUCGUUUUUCUAUAUUUUAUCACUUUUACUUAACUAUUGCAACUAAUAGUGAAAUGUUAAC